CGAGGAAAGGCGACGGAUGGCGAAUCUAUUAGCAUAAGGGCGCAUAAAACGGCGCCGGAUCCGGCUGGAUUCCAUCGAGGAUUCGCACUCGUCGACUCAGUUGCAGUGGAGCCGUGGAGCCGCGAUGAACGUUUGGAAAGCAAAGGUCCUAACGGAGGUCCCAUUCGGACACGUCCUCAUCGUCAGUGGGCGCGUCAAGCCUCAUCCGAAUAAAAUUUCGCUGGACCUCACGGACAAUGUGAACGCGCAGAACGAGAGCGAAACGGUGUUCCUGAAGAUCGAGGCCAAUUUCCGCGAGGGCCAAAUCAUCCGCAGCAUGUUCCAGCCGGGCGGGGGAUGGCAGCAGGAGGAGAUCUCGAAGAACUGGAAGUGCGACGGCCCAAAGAACCCGCUGCAGCCUGGCCAGAGCUUCACCUUCCGGGUGGCGGUGCUGCAGCGAUGCUUCGAGAUCUACGUGAACGACCAGCUGUACGGGUCCUUCGAGUUCGUCAAGUUCCCCAAGCAAAUCAACUACGUGCGCACCUACGGCGACUUCGAGAAGAUCACCCAGUUCCACCACCGCAUGCUCUUUCCGCUCGUCUUCCCCAGAACGCUCAUGUGUCCGGACAAGGUGGCCUUCCAGAGCGACGUGCCCAGGCGGUAUGAAACCGGCACAGUGGUGGCCAUGGAGUGCAUCGCCAAGGGCCCGCCGACCACGGAGUUCUCCAUCUGCUUCCAGUGCAACGACACCGGGCGUACGGUGCUCCGGUUCCACGUGAACUUCGAUCGGACAACCGUGUCACGCAGCUACCAGCGUGAAGACAACAGUUUUGCCUUGAGCGACGAGGAGACCGAGGGCGAAUUCCCAUUUGUGCGCGGAAAGCUCUUCAAGAUCGCUUUUGGGCUCGGGGAUCGGGCUUUCCUGAUCGCCGUCAACGGGCAGUACUUCACCUACUACAACUUUCCCGGACGCCCCUUCUCCAUAUCCACUCUGAAGUGCUUCACCAACGAAGUGGGCGACUUCGCCGUGCGGAGCCUGGAGUACCACUCCGAUUCUCCGCUUCUGGCCCGCGUGGAGAAGUUGUCCAUCAUUUAAUCGAUUCGAGUUCUCGUAGUAUGCUCUUUGUUCAAUCGUUGGCUUUGAUCACCGUACAGCACCAGUUAACUUCUUCUUGUGAGCAUCCAAAUAAAGCAAAGCAGCUCUCC